AUGCGCAUCGCCAGCGGCAUCCUUCUAGCAUUGCCAUGGAUGCGAAUGACGAGUGCCCUCAGCGCCGCCGACUAUUAUGUCCGCAAGCUGCCGGGCGCCCCUAGCUCCCCCGAGAUCAAGAUGCAUGCUGGGCAUAUUGAGGUCGACUCCGAACAUAAUGGCAACCUCUUCUUCUGGCAUUUCCAGAGCCGGCAGAUUCUCGAUAAGCAACGUACCGUCAUCUGGUUGAACGGCGGGCCCGGCUGCAGCUCCGAGGAUGGCGCAUUGAUGGAGAUCGGUCCGUACCGUGUCAGCGGCGACAACCUUGUCUAUAACAACGGCUCGUGGAAUCAGUUCGCCAACCUUCUCUUCGUCGAUAACCCUGUCGGAACCGGCUACAGCUAUGUCGACACCAACGCCUACCUCCACGAGCUCGACGAGAUGGCCGAGCACUUCAUCAUUUUCCUUGAAAAGUUCUUCGAAUUGUUCCCUCAGUACCAGUCCGAUGAGCUAUACAUCGCAGGCGAGUCAUACGCUGGUCAGCACAUCCCGUACAUUGCGAAGCACAUCCUCGAAAGGAAUAAACAGUUUCAACCCGAGCUGCAGUGGAAUCUGAAAGAGCUCGUGAUUGGAAACGGUUGGAUUUCGCCGAUGGAACAAUACGACGCCUACCUCAAGUUUGCCUAUGAAAAGAACCUUAUCCAGAGGGGUUCUCCCAAUGCGAAGCAACUGGAGCAAUUGUGGAGAAUUUGCAGGAAAAGUCUCGCCGUCGAAGUCAAGGUCGACAUGCCCGGAUGCGAGGACAUCCUCCAAAAGCUCCUCGAGAUGACCUCCGCCCUCAACCUCAGCGGCAAACGCGAGUGCUAUAAUAUGUACGAUGUCCGGCUCAAGGAUACAUACCCUUCAUGCGGAAUGAAUUGGCCGCCCGAUCUCACUGAUGUGACCCCCUACCUACGGAAGAAGGAGGUCGUUGAGGCGCUACACAUCAAUUCGGGCAAGACCACCGGUUGGAAGGAGUGCAACGGUGCCGUAGGUGCCUCUUUUCGGGCACAACAUUCAGAACCAGCCCGCCAGCUCCUUCCGGCUCUGCUCGAACAAGUGUCCAUCACCCUCUUUUCCGGCGCGGAAGACCUCAUCUGCAACCAUAUCGGCACCGAGAUGCUCAUCGAAAGGAUGGAAUGGAACGGCGCCUUGGGCUUCCAGUCGACGCCGCGCCUGAACUGGACCUUUGACGGCGAGGACGCCGGAUAUUGGCAGAAGGCCCGUAACCUCACCUACGUUCUAUUCAACGAGGCCUCCCACAUGGUGCCUUUCGAUUGGCCUCUGCGUUCGCGCGACAUGCUCGACCGCGUCAUGGAAAUCGAUGUCCGUGCCGCCAGUGGCCUUGGUUUCGACUCCCAUGUCGAUGGUGAUGCCGCCGGCAGUGGGGCUAGUGGUGGUGGCCAUGCCGGGACGGACGAGGAGACGAAGAAGCAGGCCGAUGAGGCGAAAUGGAAGGUGUACUACCGUUCCGGCCAGGUCGUGCUGGUCAUCGUCAUCAUCGCUGCGGGCGCUUGGGGCUGGUACAUCUGGCGCGAACGUCGUAGGAGGAAGGACUACCAUGGGCUGGCCGGUGGCGAAGGCGUCGGCCUAUCCACCCGGUCGCGUUCUCGUGCCGCGGACCGGCUCUUGGGCCGUGGAGGCGACCGGGAUGUCGAAGCUGGAGAUUUCGACGAGAGCCGGCUGGGUGAUCUGCACGUUGCCACGCCGACGGACGGCCCGGAUAAGGACGCGUACGCUGUCGGCGGGGACAGCGACGACGACGACGACGACGACGAUGACGAUGACGACGACUCAAAACGGAAAGAGAGGGCCUCCGGAGUGCCGGGCGGAAGCGGAUCUCGAACCACGUCUUGA